UCACAGAGCUCGCUGGUGCUGGAUGUCUCCGCUCGCUUCAGUCUGGAGGCUCAGACUGGGAGAGAAAGGUGUGAUCCCGACUAAAUACAACUGCUCAUGACCCACGAUUAAGGAUAUUUUGGUAAACGUCACCAAACUGGCUACGCUUUCAUGUAAGGUCCAACUCUUCCAGCUGUCGUUCGAUGUUGGCGGCACGCUGUGAGGAAAGAUUCAACUCUGCGGUAUUGCAGCACUCCGCAGACACUUGUCCUUGACAUCCAAAUUCUGUGUGCCAAUUGUUGCCAGUGGCCUUUUGUAAACUAUGACAAUGGCUGCCAAGUCAAGAAACAGUGAAAUAAUGAAGGGCCAUAAAAUUAUGCUCUUCAAGGAGUCUGCUCUCAAGAUAUGAGUAUUUUGAGCCCGGUUAUUGAUAAUAAGUCAAAACUUGUGCGAGGUCCAGAAGAAGUCGCCGGAUCCAUGCAGUCAGAAGAGUUAUUUAGCAGGAAACUCAAGGCCCUAAAUGGUAACAUGGGACCACCAGGCUCCAACAUGCAGAGCAAACUUGAAGUUCCAGGCAAAACAAAUGGUACCCCAGCAAUGCCUAAAAUGGGCGUCAGGGCCAGGGUGACAGAUUGGCCACCAAGGAAAGAUGGCUGGGAUGGACGGCCAUCACCAAACUAUCAGAGUGUGAUACCAAUGUUUCAAAACGGUCAACAGGACAAUACUGUGGAAAUACUUGAGCAAAGUGAAGAAGUCUGUUUGGAGGUAGACUACUCAGAUGCAAAGUAUACACUGAGUGACCUCCUCAGCCACUCACCCUUGAAAGGUCUUCAUCCUAUUCGUCAGCGCAGCAACAGUGAUGUCACCAUCAGCGACAUUGACUCUGAAGACGUAGUAGACCAGACUGCCGUUAAUCCAAACACUGGAGCCUCUUUACAUCGUGAAUAUGGAAGUACAUCCUCUAUUGACCGCCAGGGCCUGGGUGAAGAUGGCUUUUUUACAAUGCUCAAGGGUUAUAGAGUGGAUACCUUGGACCACCGCAGUGUACCGCCCCUGGGUUUUCCUGAGUUGUUGCGGUGUGAUGCCUCCCUCUCUCCGAGCUUACAAACAGCAGCCCAGAUUUCCAGGGGGGAGAUUGUCACCAUUCCAGGCUAUGACUAUUUAGACAGCGCUCUACUUUACAGCAGGGAUCGUGACAAAUCUUUCAUGAGGCGUCUUAAGUCAGAGUCAUCUGAAACUUCAUUAUUCAGGAAAUUACGGACAAUUAAGAGCGAAAGUGAUGCUUUGAGACUUUCUUUGGAAGAUGACCGCCGACCGCUCAGUUUUCAAAAAUGCUUUGCUCAUUAUGACGUUCAAAGUGUUCUUUUCAACAUCAGUGAAGCUGUAGCAAGCAGAGCUAACCUAAGCCAGAGAAAGAACACAACAACUGGGGCUUCAGCAGCUUCAGCUGGACUCGGGGGAGUGCCUGGUAGUGGAGCUGGUGCUUUUCCAGGAUUAGGACUCGAUUGUGGAGCAAUCUCAUACAGUAGUGGAAAUUCUGCCUUCUUUGAGUCACCACUAGGCAGCAGGGAGGACCUGAACCCAAAAGAGAACUUGGAUGCUGAUGACGGAGACGGAAAGAGCAAUAGCCUGGUGUUGGGAUGCCCACACUUUCGCAACGAAGUUGGCGGUGAGGGCGAGAGAAAGAUCUCGCUUUCCAGAGCCAACAAUGCUAACUACAGUGGUGUGUCGGAGAGCUGCUCCUUUGAAUCGUCUCUGAGUUCCCACUGCACAAAUGCAGGAGUCUCUGUACUGGAGGUGCCUCGAGAAAACCAGCCCAUUCACAGGGAGAAGGUCAAACGUUACAUCAUCGAGCAUAUUGACCUCGGUGCAUACCAUUACCACAAGUUCUUCUAUGGGAAGGAGCAUCAAAACUAUUUUGGUGUAGAUGAAAAUCUGGGACCUGUGGCGGUCAGCGUUCGCAGGGAAAGGCUGGAUGACGGAAAGGAGAAAGAGGGAAUGCAGUACAACUAUCGAAUCACCUUCAGGACCAGUCAGCUGACUACCCUACGAGGAGCCAUUUUGGAGGAUGCGAUUCCAUCCACGGCACGACACGGGACAGCCCGUGGUUUGCCACUAAAGGAAGUACUUGAAUAUGUAAUCCCGGAGCUCAAUAUCCAAUGCUUGCGGCUGGCAAUCCACUCCCCUAAAGUCCCGGAGCAGCUUCUCAAGCUGGAUGAACAGGGGCUAAGUUUCCAGCACAAGGUGGGUGUGCUUUAUUGUAAGGCGGGCCAGAGCACAGAGGAAGAGAUGUACAAUAAUGAGAGUGCCGGACCAGCAUUGGAGGAGUUCUUGGAUCUACUCGGCCAGAGAGUGCGCCUGAAAGGCUUCACAAAGUACAGAGCGCAGCUAGAUAACAAAACCGAUUCCACAGGCACGCACUCUCUCUACACUACCUACAAGGACUACGAGCUGAUGUUUCACGUAUCCACCAUGCUCCCCUACACACCCAACAACAGACAGCAGUUAUUGAGGAAGCGGCACAUUGGCAAUGACAUUGUCACCAUCGUGUUCCAGGAGCCCGGGGCCCUUCCUUUUACUCCAAAGAACAUCCGCUCUCAUUUCCAGCAUGUGUUUGUCAUUGUCAAAGUCCACAACCCCUGCACUGAAAAUGUCUGCUACAGUGUGGCUGUGUCCAGAUCAAAAGACGUGCCUCCAUUCGGGCCCCCUAUUCCAAAGUCUGUGACAUUUCCAAAGUCUGCAGUUUUUCGGGACUUCCUACUUGCCAAAGUCAUAAAUGGAGAAAAUGCAGCACAUAAGUCAGAGAAGUUUCGAGCAAUGGCGACCCGUACACGUCAGGAGUACCUAAAGGACAUGGCAGAAAACUUUGUUAGCACUGCUACUAUUGACUCUGCAGUCAAAUUCAGCUUCAUCACCCUCGGAGCCAAGAAGAAGGAGAAAGUGAAACCCAGAAAGGAUGCACAUGUGUUCAGUGUGGGAGCCAUCACUUGGAGUGUUAGAGUCCGGGACUUUGGUCAGUCGAUGGAUGUGGACUGCCUGCUGGGCAUAUCCAACGAGUUCAUCGUGCUCAUUGAGGAGGAAUCCAAAAAUGUGGUGUUCAACUGCUCUUGUCGAGAUGUCAUCGGAUGGACCUCAGGAAUUAUGAGCAUAAAAAUAUUUUAUGAGCGCGGGGAAUGUGUCAUGUUGUCUGCCCACGACAACUGCGGAGAAGACAUCCGGGAAAUGGUGCAAAGAUUAGAGAUCACAACCAGAGGCUGUGACACGACAGAGAUGACUUUACGGCGCAACGGUUUGGGCCAGCUCGGCUUCCAUGUCAAUUUUGAGGGAAUAGUGGCUGACGUGGAGCCAUUUGGCUUUGCCUGGAAGGCAGGCUUGAGACAGGGAAGCCGACUGGUGGAGAUCUGCAAGGUAGCUGUUGCUACUCUCACCCAUGAGCAGAUGAUCGACCUGCUGCGCACCUCCAUCACUGUCAAGGUGGUCAUAAUCCAACCUUAUGAAGACGGCACCCCUCGACGGGGUUGCUCUGAGCUUUACCGCAUUCCCAUGGUGGAGUACAAAGUCGACAGUGAAGGUACACCCUGCGAGUACAAGACACCCUUCAGAAGGAACACCACCUGGCAUAGGGUGCCAGCAGCUGCUGGAGCUCCUUUGUCCCGAGGAUCACCUACUCAAGGACCAGAUCGCCUCCAGUGCCAGCAGAUUCUGCAGCAGCAUCAGGCCGCUAUCCCACGCAGCACAUCCUUUGAUAGGAAGUUACCAGACGGAGCCAGAAUGAUGCAGGACAUGGAGAAUCCCCAGGUUACUUCCUGUAACAAGGGAGAACAGCAUUACAGAAGCUCACCUAGUAAUCAAUCCUCCUCCAGUGAUCCAGGACCCUGUGGCAGCAGCUCCUGGUCCCAACAGCCUGGAUAUGAUGGAUGUCCCUCUCCAAUCCUCCAUGAGCAUGCAGGAGACAUCCAAGGGGGUGAUGGAGACAUCCACAGGGAGAGAGAGCCCACACUGGAGAGGACCAGGUCGGCCGAGGCCAAGUGGCACAUCCCAUGCACUAAGAUUCUGAACCCAUUGAAGCAGCGAGAAGGAAGCAAAGACUCACCCAACAGGCUUUCUAGGAUGGGCGAUAAGAACUCAAGCCACUCGAGUAGCAACACUCUGUCAAGCAAUGCCUCUAGCAACAGUGAUGAUAAGCACUUUGGCUCAGGAGACUUGAUGGACCCAGAGAUGUUGGGUCUUACUUACAUCAAAGGGGCCUCCACGGACAGUGGCAUCGACACCAAUCCUUGCAUGGUCCCGGGGACUCGGGUAUUGAUACAGAGCAGGAUGGGGGAGCAGGGUAAUGCCUGGGUAUCAGAGCACCACGAGGACAUGCCAUCAGAAGAGGAUCACGGAAAACCAUACCUGCCGCAGGGUUACGCUUCAGCAUUAAUGGCCAGCAACGUGACAGAUGGCAGCAUCGGAGACUUGAGCGAGAUCUCUUCACACUCAAGUGGCUCACAUCAUUCUGGCAGUCCCUUGGCGCGUGGUGCCAGAUACUGUAUGUCCGCCGACUUCUCCAAGGUGUACACCAUUCCUCAGACCAGCAGCUCAGGUGCAGGGUCAGAGCCGGGGCCAGAACCGGAGUGCGGUCAGGGUCCCAGCUCAGAAGCCUGCGGACAAACACGCACACAGCCAGAUGGCAAUCUCCCAGUGAAGACAGCUGAUAAUGUUGAUGCUGAUGCUCACAGCAAAGAGGGACCUCCUGACAUUUCAGAUUGUGGAGGAGCAGAGAGCUUGUUAGCACUCCUUCUCAAAAUGCUGUCUGAGCGUGCAAGGCAGCUAUAUGCGCAGGAGGCCGCCUGCCGCCUCCAGGCUGCCGAGCGAGAUGGGAAAUCACUCCAGAGACUUUCAAAGGAGCAAUACCUGAAAAUGAUGCUGCCUGACAGUCCACCGGGAGAAGGCAGGAGUCAUAAGCUGUCCGUGACUGGAAGUCUGUCUCCGCGACGCUCCCUGUACCGGACGCUAUCGGACGAGAGUGUGUGUAGCAACCGCAAGGGCUCAUCCUACGCCAGCUCUCACAGCUCCAUGCUGGACCAAGCAAUGCCUAACGACAUCCUGUUCAGCACUACGCCACCUUACCACAGCACGCUGCCCCCUCGCAUCAUCCACAACCAGGCACCAUCAAACCUGAGAAAUGAGUUUUGGUUCUCUGAUGGCUCCUUGGCAGACAGGUCCAAGUUCAGCGCCGGCCUCAUGCCCCUCCCAGACGCUGCCACAGGCUUGGACUGGUCUCACCUGGUUGACGCAGCAAGAGCCUUUGAAGACCAGCGCGUGGCAUCUUUCUGCACUAUGACGGACAUGCAGCGGGCGGAGGCUCUGGAGAUUUCCAGAGAGCUGACCAGGCGAGUGGUGGAGGCUGAGGGAGCGGCCCUGGGCUCAGAUUCCCCGUCGACGCUCACUGGCAAAGUCAACCAGCUGGAGGUCAUCCUCAGGCGGCUGCAGCAUGACCUGCGCAAGGAGAAGGAGGACAAGGCGAUGCUGCAAGAGGAGGUGCAGCACCUGAGGCAGGACAACAUGCGUCUGCAGGAGGAGAGCCAGACGGCGGCGGCCCAGCUCAGGAAGUUCACUGAGUGGUUCUUUCACAGCAUCGACAAGAAGCCCUGAGCCUCCACAAGAAGACUAUGGAAAGCAUUUUUGCGCGUGGAGACCGAGCAGAGCAGUAAACUCAAAAGUUUCUCCAUCACGCCAACCGAGACGCCUUCUGGGAUAUUCCCUCAUCUCCAGCACAGGGGAGGAAUUCUUCCAGAGGGUCAUCUUGCAGUAUUGGAAUGUAAAGCUCAUUUGCUGUAGUCAACAUGGAACCUCCCUCACAUACGUCCAACUACUGUACCUGCGACUGUACUGUAUCACACUCUUUCACGCUCACAGCAGGAAUGUGGUGCUCCACGCUCUCUGAACCAAGAGGGGGUCCAACGGGAGGAUUAAUGAAUGUAGCUCAACUUGAGAAGUAAUUUUUCUUUUGACUUUUAUGCCACUUUUGCUUUCUUUCAAGUGUUGCGAUGAAGCGUCACAUAAAGCAGCAGUUGUGACGUUCAAAGGUGCUUUCCCCCCCCCCCCCCGCACACGAUUGUCGGUAGUCUCCAUUCACUGUCACGCUGUCCUAGCAAUAAUAACGAGUUGUAGUUUCUAAACUGUGUUGGGAAAGGUUAAAAAAAAAAUACAAAGAGAGAGAAAGCAGGAGAUUGUGCCUAAAACUCUUGGCUGUAAAUUGGAUGCUGUCUCUCUCGGCUUUUUUUUUUUUUAAACACACGCCUUGUCUGUGGCUCACUGAUAGAAAAGUGUGCCUGUGUGUUUGAGUAGUUUCUCACAGCAAAAUGUGUUCUUAUGCAGUGGGUUUUCCAGACCAUUCGAGCAAAAGCGCCAGUGAACGAACCACAAUUACAAUGCCAAAUGUGUUUAUUUGUGUACAUAUCGGCCACAGAAGUGUCUUGUAUUUAACACUGUUAUUUAAGCUUAUUUAACCUAAAGUUGUUUAUUUUAUUAAGGGUAUUUGUUUUCUUUUUUUUUCCUGCACUAAGGAGGGAUAAAGCUCUGUGGAUGUUGUAAAGUGUGUAGCUUGGCAGGGCCUAAAAAAAACAACCUAUAUAUUUAAAUAUAUAAAUGAGGAUUUUUGGAGAUUCCAACAUUUGGAUGCUGCUAGAUGACAGUUUGUUGGUUUGUAUGCUUUUAAACAUGUCGCCGUCUCGUCCCGCUGGGGGAGACACUGGUUGUUGUUUUUGUGUUUUGUUCUAUGUUUUUUUUUAAAUAAAUGUAGUUGGAAAAUA